AUGAACAAGACAGGCGACGUGUGGCACGUGGCGCUGGAGGGCCUGCCGGGCAGCGGGGUGCUGUAUGGCUACAGAGUGCUGGGGCAGGGCGGGUGGGACACAGGGUACAGGUGGGACUCUAAGAGCAUACUGCUUGACCCCCGGGCGCCCCUGGUGGCGGGCCGCGACAAGUGGGGGGUGCGGGAGCCACUAGAGCGGUUCGAGCUCAACCGCGGCAGUCAGUGGUGGGGCACGUUUGACUUUGACUCGCCGCCCUUUGACUGGGGCGCGGACUACCAGCGGCCGGCCACGCACCUGAAGGACCUCGUGAUCUACGAGAUGGCGGUGCGCAGCUUCACGGCAGCUGCGAGCAGCGGCGUGGCGGAGGAGCGGCGGGGGACGUACCUGGGGCUGGUGGACAAGAUCCCCCACCUGACGUCACUGGGUGUCAACGCCGUGGAGCUGCUGCCCGUCUUUGAGUACGACGAGCUCGAGCUGCAGCGCUGGAGGAACCCCAGGGAGCACAUGGUCAACAUUUGGGGCUACUCCCACAUGUCCUUCUUCGCCCCCAUGAGCCGCUUCGGCCGCGGCGAGGGCCCCGCGGCCGCCGCGCGGGACUUCAAGACGAUGGUCAAGGAGCUCCACUCUGCGGGCAUCCAGGUGAUUCUUGACGUGGUGUACAACCACACCGCUGAGCUGGACGAUAAGCACCCCUACACCAUCAGCUUCAGGGGCAUCGACUCGGUGACCUACUAUAUGGUGGACACCUCCCAGUACGUCCAGCUCAUCAACUACAGCGGCUGCGGCAACACGGUCAACGCAAAUCACCCUGUGGUCAAACAGCUCAUCAUCGACAGCCUGGUCAAUUUCGUGGAGGAGUACCACGUGGAUGGAUUCAGGUUUGACCUGGCCAGCUGCCUCUGCAGGGAUUCCAAGGGUCACCCCAUGCCCGCGCCCCCCCUGAUCCGUGAGAUCGCCAAGCACCCGGUUCUAUCCAAGGUCCACCUCAUAGCUGAGCCCUGGGAUCUGGGGAUGUACCAGGAGGUCUGA